AUGAAUGGGAAGGAUAUUGUAAAUGAAGGGCCGCUAAUCAACCCAUGCCCUAACAACUAUGAUCACUUGUCCAAGCUUGUCUACAAUUGGAUCCUUAGUUUAGCUCGUGUAGCAAAGGCUCUCUAUAGGUUCGGAGAUGUCUUCACCUUUGUCAAUUACACAGUCAAAGAAGAUAUUAUUUCAACCUAUAGUGGCAUAUUUAAUAUGGCUCCUCCAGGAAACCCAGGUUUAAAUCCAUCGUACUUAGCGAAGUUGCAAGAAACUUGUCCCCAAAAUGGAGAUAGGGAUCCUGAGACAGAUCUUGAUCUUGGAAGCCCUAGAAUAUUUGACAAUAGCUAUUUCGUCAAUCUUCAGAUUAAUGUAGGCCUCCUAAUCACAGAUCAAGAUCUAUAUUCAACUUCUGGAUCACCCACUACUGUAGAUCUUGUCAAUAAUUAUAGUCGUAACCUAAGCAUGUUCUUCGACCAAUUCGUCCGCUCAAUGAUCAAGAUGGGCAAUAUCAACCCUUUGACUAGGAACAAUGGAGAAAUAAGGUUAAAUUGCAGGAGGGUUAAUAAUCCUAAUUAG